AUGACAUCUGAAAAUUCUGAACAAAAUAUCUGUUAUGGAUUUUUUGGAGCAGAGUAUGCUAUUUUUGCAAAGUAUAGUACUUUAAUUUUUAAUGAAAAGGCCAAAGUUCAAUACACAAUUUUUCGAAAUGAUGAAUUAUAUGAUAGAUCAGAUCAUGCAGAAGAAUAUAAGGAGUUGCUUGCUCAAAUUGAUUAUGCAUUGAUAUUAAAUGCAAGUGGUAAAUUGACUAAUUCAAUUCGUUAUAAAUAUAAUCAGGUGUCCAAUUUUAGUAAAUGGAUUAAUUCUUCUUUUGAUGAACUUGAUGCACAUAUAAAAAAACAGGAAAAUCGUCCAAAAAAGUUUCAUUCUAAUAACCUUGAUAAUUUACUCAAAUACUACAAAAAAGAGAUUCUUGAUUCCAAAUAUCAACAAUUA